GGGGGCAGCGGUGGCGGCGAGAGGCGAGAGCCGGGGGCGGCGGCGGGGAAGGGGGGCUGGGUGCCGAGACAAAAGGGCCCACGCUGAGGGGCGGUGAUGCUUACCGUGGGGCUGAGCCAAGCCGGACAGCAGGACGGCGACAAGCGCCCCCGCCAGAAAAUCUGAAAGAUGACAAUUUCAGCAUGGAGAAAAAGUCCUAUGACAUGAAAACUGAUCUUAUGCAGAAGUUGAUCCCUCCAGCCUUGCUUCUGAUUGUGGUUCUGCUGCUUGUGAACCUGCUCCUUUAUCAAUAUUUCAACAAUGCAUACUUUUUCUAUGGGCAAGUCAACGUGGAACACAAUCCCUGUCCACAUGGUUACUUCAGAUUAGGAUCCCUGAGGAACUGUACACCGUGGUUGUCUUGUGAGACCAUCAAAAGAGAAGUCCGUAAACUGAAACGUGUUGGUGAAGGGGCUGUGAAAAGGGUCUUCCUUUCUGAAUGGAAGGAAAACAAAGUUGCCCUUUCCCAGCUAACUGUGCCAGAGCUUCAGAAAGACUUCAUGCAUGGGCUUCAGAUGCUGAAAUCUCUACAAAGCAAGCAUGUGGUCAAACUGCUUGGCUAUUGUGAAGAGGAGUUCACAGUCCUUACAGAGUACCAUCCGUUUGGCUCCCUGAAGAAUCUGAAUCAGAUACUGAAUCUUCCAAAAUACAAGAACUCCAACAUGUGGCAAAACAGGUUCUUGCUGGCCAUAAACUAUGUGAGUAUUAUCCAUUACCUGCACAACAGUCCCCUGGGCACUUUUGUGAUGUGUGACUCCAAUGACUUAGAGAAAGUACUUUCACAGUACUUGUUGACAAGCAGCUUCCAUAUUGUUGUGAAUGACCUGGAUGCCUUGCCACUCGUAAACAAGAGUGCUGGUGAAUUGAUCAAGUGUGGCCAUCAGGAGCUGCAGGGUGAGUUUGUGGCUCCUGAGCAGCUUUGGCCUUAUGGAAACAAUAUACCCUUUGAAGACAAUCUCAUGCCUCCAUAUGAUGAAAUGACAGACAUAUGGAAAAUCCCUGAUGUUUCCAACUUUCUUUUGGGAGACGUUGAUGGGAGUGAUCUUGUCAGGUUUCACCUGUUUGGCAUCCAUCAGGCAUGUAAGAAGAGGCCAAACGAAAGACCUUCUGCUAAGAUGGUUUUGGACACAUACCGGAAUGUCCUAGCUUCACUUGUAAGAGAAACAGUUAUGCCAAAUACAAGGGACAUGUUAUAAAAAAUACUCACUGACUUGUUUUGGCUCUGUAAAAGUCAUAUUUCCCACUGAUCAUGUUUCAUAUAUAUUUCCUGGAGGGUGCUUCUAAAGAAUGUCAAAUUACAGCUAAACAGAGUAGCAUUUACACCAAUGGUGAGGAA